AUGGAGCGCGCCCGCCCGCCGCCCGCCGUCUCGGUCUCGCCGCACGUGGACCUGGUGCUGGGCGCCACGAGCUGCUGCCUGGCCUGCGUCUUCACCAACCCGCUGGAGGUGGUGAAGACGCGGCUGCAGCUGCAGGGGGAGCUGCGCCCGCGGGGCACCUACCGCCGGCACUACCGCGGGGUGCUGCAGGCCCUGGCGGCGGUGAGCCGGGCCGACGGGCUGCGCGGGCUGCAGAAGGGGCUGGCGGCCGGGCUGCUCUACCAGGGGCUGAUGAACGGGGUCCGCUUCUACUGCUACUCCCACGCCGAGGACCGCGGGCUCACGCAGCAGCCCGGCGGCACCGUCGCGGCCGGGGCCAUCGCGGGGGCGCUGGGGGCGUUUGUGGGCAGCCCGGCUUAUCUGGUCAAAACGCAUCUGCAAGCCCAGACGGUGGCAGCCAUGGCUGUGGGACAUCAGCACAACCACCAGGGCGUCUCCAGCGCCUUUGAGACCAUCUACAGGAAGCAGGGGCUCGUGGGCCUGUGGCGGGGUGUGAACGGCGCUGUGCCCCGCGUCAUGGUGGGCUCUGCGGUGCAGUUGGCCACCUUUGCAUCAGCCAAAGAGUGGGUCGAGAAGCUCAAGUGGUUCAAGGAGGGCAGCUGGAUGGUGGCCUUGGCGGGAGGCAUGAUCAGCAGUGUGGCUGUGGCUGUGGCGAUGACUCCCUUCGAUGUGGUCAGCACCAGGCUCUAUAACCAGCCCGUGGAUGAGCGGGGCAUGGGGAAGCACUACCGAGGGUUCCUCGACUGCUUUGUGCAGAUCUCCAGGAAAGAGGGCAUCCUGGCUCUGUACAAAGGGAUCGGUCCUGCCUACCUCCGCCUGGGGCCGCACACCAUCCUCAGCCUGCUCUUCUGGGAUGAACUCAGGAAGCUCACCUACCGCCACCAGCAGCAUGGCGUUUAA